AUGCCCCUUCCUAGAGAGAGCUUCGACGGCAUCUACUUGGACCUGUCCAAGGAGAGCGGCAAGUGCAGAUUUGCCGAGAGCGGUCUCGGUUGGAAGCCCUCCGGCGGUGGCGAUACCUUCACUCUCGAUCACAGCACAAUUGCCUCGGCGCAGUGGAGCCGAGCUGCCAAGGGCUACGAAAUCAAAAUCCUCAACCGAGACUCGCGCAUCAUCCAGCUCGAUGGUUUCCAACAAGAGGACUAUGAGCGUCUUGCCAAGCUCUUCAAGAACUGGUACAGCACCGCGCUCGAGAAUAGGGAGCACGCCCUGAGGGGAUGGAACUGGGGCAAGGCCGACUUUGGAAAGGCUGAGCUGUCUUUCAACGUCCAGAGCCGCCCUGCGUUCGAAAUCCCCUACUCCGAAAUCUCAAACACCAACCUGGCGGGUCGUAACGAGGUCGCGGUCGAAUUCUCAGCUCCCACGGACAAGAACGAUACUGGCACUAAUGGCCACUUGGGCGGUGCGCGCGGAAAGGGCAAGAAGGCGGGUGCCGGCAAGGAUCAACUCGUUGAGAUGCGGUUUUACAUUCCCGGAACCGUCAAGAAGGAAGUGGAGGGCGACGAGGCUGGUAGCGACGCCGGCGGUGAAGAGGAGAAGAACGCCGUCACCCUGUUCUACGAUACCCUGAUGGAGAAGGCCGAGAUUGGCGAGACCGCAGGCGAUACUAUCGCUACGUUUCUGGACAUCCUCCAUCUCACACCCAGAGGUCGUUUCGAUAUCGACAUGUACGAUGCGUCUUUCCGUCUCCGUGGUAAGACGUACGACUACAAGAUCCAGUACGACGCCAUCAAGAAGUUUAUGGUGCUUCCCAAGCCAGACGAGACUCACGUGCUUCUUUGCGUUGGCCUGGACCCGCCCCUGCGCCAGGGUCAGACAAGAUACCCGUUCAUCGUCAUGCAGUUCAAGAAGGACGAGGAGGUGACGAUUGAUCUUAACCUCACCGAGGAGCAAAUAGACGAGCGGUACAAGGACAGACUUCAGCCUCACUACGAGCAACCCCUUCACCAAGUCAUCACCUACAUCUUCCGAGGACUUGCCAACAAGAAGAUCACGACGCCUGCCAAGGACUUCCAGACCCACCGCAAUCAGUUCGGUAUCAAGUGCUCGAUCAAGGCCAGUGAAGGCUUCCUGUACUGCCUGGAGAAGGCGUUCAUGUUUGUGCCUAAACCUGCGACGUACAUUGCCUACGAGCAAACAGCGUCCAUCACAUUCUCUCGUGUUGGAGGUGCCGUUUCUGCGCUGUCAACCUUUGAUAUCACCGUGCAGAUGAAGAACGGCGCUGGCUCAUCACAGUUCAGCAAUAUCAACCGCGAGGAUCUCAAGGGGCUCGAGGAGUUCUUCAGACUCAAGGGAUUGCGCGUUAAGAACGAAAUCGAUGAAGAGACCAACCUCAUUGCUGCAGCCAUGCGCGACCAAGCUAUGGACGAUUCGGAAGAGGAGGUUGUUGGUGCCGCCAAGGCCGACCGUGGCUCAGCUGACGAGGACGAAGAGAGUGUCGAUGAGGACUUCAACGCCGAGAGUGAGAGUGACGUUGCCGAAGAGUUUGACAGCGACCAUGAGAGCUCUGGCUCAGGCAGUCAAGAGAGCGACGUGGAUAACGACGACGGCGACGAUGGCGAGGAUGACGAAGAAGAGGAAGAGGAGAGGCCCAAGAAGAAGAAGAAGACGGGUUGA